AUGCCGUUAGUUCGCCAAGGCGAUUAUGUGGCUGUAUCGAUUGGCUAUCGCCUGACCGAUGAAGCCAGCUGGCCGUCGCAAAUUCAUGACUGUCAGGCCGGGCUACGUUGGGUCAAAGCCAAUGCCGAAAAGUACAAUUGGGAUCCUGAAAAGAUCGUUGUCUGGGGCAGCUCCGCCGGUGGUCAUCUUGUGGCAAUGCUGGGCGUUUCGGCCGACGUGAAAGAAUUAGACGGAAAGCUUGGCCCUCAUGCUGAUCAAGAUCUUACGGUUGCCGGAGUGGUCGAUUUCUUUGGCCCUGCGAACAUGUUAACGAUGGGAGAACCGGUCGGGUUCGAGCGUCACGACAGCCCUGAUUCGCCGGAAAGUAAACUGCUCGGCGGACCUGCGAAAGAGAACGUUGACGUAGCGAAGUCGGCAUCGCCGCAGAUGCAUGUCUCGAAGGAAGACGCUCCAUUUUUGAUUCUGCACGGAACUGAAGACGCCACGGUUCCGUUUCAGCAAUCGGUCAACUUCCACGAGGCACUUCAAAAAGCUGGCGUCGAUUCGACCUUUGUGCAUGUCAAAGGGGGAGGACAUGGUUUCGGCGGUCAGGAAAUCAAUGAACGUGUCGAAGCGUUCCUUGCGAAGACACUUCUCGGCGAAGACGUCGAAGUGAGUGACAAGCCGAUUGAA